AUGUGUACGGGUGUCCAACCCAAACCCAACCCAUGUAUGUUCUCGUUUGCGAUGUCCGAGGCCGAGGACAGGUUUCCCAACUUAUCGUUUCGUUUCGUUUUCUUCGCCUUCGGACAGAGGCCUACCUUACCCACAAGCCCUUAUCGCUUCUCCUCCUCUUUCUCCGCACACCCAAAAGUCCACUUCAACUUUUCUUCUUCUCCUCCACCACUCAUUUAACCUCCGACGAUUUGUUUACACCUCUGCUGGACGACCGGCCUUCGGCUAUUUCCAAAGUUUCGAGUCCUCGGGGCGGACAGCAGCUGAACGUCGGCUGUUGUAA